CCGGCCCGCCGCGCCCUCGGCGCCGUGCGCACGCGCGACUUCGAGCUGUCCGCACUGCUGCCUGAGGUCGCGCGGAAACGCUGAGACUCGGCGCGGAGACGCUUUUGGGGCUGCGCCGUGGAGCCACUUUCCCACUCCGGCUGUCAGCGCAUGCCCUCGCUCGUUGUUUUCGGCCAGUACGGGUGGCGGCGCUUUUGGCUUCCUUCUUGAAGGUGCCUGCAGGCCCGGGAGUAGCGCAGGCGCAGACCCGCCGGGGCCUCGAGCUGCAGCCCGGAAGUGCGCGCGGCCGGCUCUGGCGGCUCGGUGUGUGCGGGCGGUGUGCACGGCCACGUGGGCCAUGGGGCGGCGGGCGCGGAGCCGGCGGCUCCAGCAGCAGCAGCAGCGGCAGCGGCCGGAGGGGGCGGCGGACGGCGCCGCAGGCGGCGGGAAGGGCAACGGGGCGGGCUGGGAAGGCGGGUACCCCGAGAUCGUGAAGGAGAACAAGCUCUUCGAGCGCUUCUACCAGGAGCUGAAGAUCGUGCCCGAGGGCGAGUGGGACCAGUUCAUGGAAGCGCUCAGGGAGCCCCUCCCGGCCACGUUAAGAAUUACUGGUUACAAAAGCCACGCCAAAGAGAUUCUCCACUGCUUAAAGAACAAGUAUUUCAAGGAAUUGGAGGACCUAGAGGUGGAUGGUCAGAAAGUUGAAGUCCCACAACCCCUGAGUUGGUAUCCUGAAGAACUUGCCUGGCACACAAAUUUAAGUCGAAAAAUCUUGCGAAAGUCUCCGCAGUUGGAAAAGUUUCACCAGUUUCUGGUUAGCGAAACCGAAUCUGGGAAUAUCAGUCGUCAAGAAGCCGUUAGUAUGGUCCCACCGCUGUUACUCAACGCCCAGCCUCACCAUAAGAUCUUAGAUAUGUGUGCAGCUCCUGGAUCCAAGACCGCACAGUUGAUUGAAAUGCUGCAUGCCGACAUGAGCGUUCCUUUUCCAGAGGGAUUUGUCAUCGCAAAUGACGUGGACAACAAGCGCUGCUAUCUGCUCGUGCAUCAGGCCAAGAGGCUGAGCAGCCCGUGCAUCAUGGUGGUGAACCACGACGCGGCCAGCAUCCCGAGGCUCAGCAUCGAGGUCAACGGGAGGAAGGAGGUCCUCUUCUACGAUCGCAUCCUAUGUGACGUCCCUUGCAGUGGAGAUGGCACCAUGAGGAAAAACAUUGAUGUCUGGAGGAAGUGGACCCCCUUACACAGCUUACAGCUGCAUGGCUUACAGCUGCGGAUUGCAACGCGGGGCGCAGAACAGCUCGUGGAAGGCGGGAGGAUGGUGUAUUCUACGUGUUCCCUGAACCCCAUUGAAGAUGAAGCGGUCAUAGCAUCUUUACUGGAGAAGAGUGAGGGUGCAUUGGAGCUGGCUGACGUGUCGUGUGAACUGCCAGGACUGAAGUGGAUGCCUGGACUCAGACACUGGAAGGUCAUGACAAAAGACGGACAUUGGUUUGCAGAGUGGGAUGAGGUUCCUCACAGCAGACAUACGCAGAUUCGGCCGACCAUGUUCCCCCCCAAGGACCCGGAAAAGUUACAGGCCAUGCACCUGGAGCGGUGUCUUAGAAUAUUACCACAUCAUCAAAAUACUGGAGGGUUCUUUGUGGCCGUGUUAGUGAAAAAGUCUUCAAUGCCAUGGAAUAAACGUGCACCAAAGCUGCAGGGGGUCGCCACGGAACCGAGAGCGCCUGUGCAUCCCAGCCCUGCGGGGCCCUCCGAGCUGGACAGCAAACCCGUCCCUGGAAUGGGCGCCGCAGAGACAACUGAGACAUCUGAGGGCUUAGAGAGUAAUGGAAACAAGAAAGACGGCGUGUGUGGCCCUCCGCCAUCGAAGAAGAUGAAGUUGUUCGGAUUUAAAGAAGACCCGUUUGUGUUUAUUCCUGAAGACGACCCGUUAUUUCCACCUAUCCAGAAGUUUUAUGCUCUGGACCCUUCCUUCCCGAGGACGAAUUUGCUAACUCGAACCACAGAAGGGAAGAAAAGGCAACUCUACAUGGUCUCCAAGGAGCUGAGGAACGUGCUGCUGAACAACAGCGAGAGGAUGAAGGUUAUUAACACCGGGAUAAAAGUCUGGUGUCGGAAUAACGGCGGGGAAGAGUUUGAUUGUGCUUUCCGGUUAGCACAGGAGGGAAUAUAUACGUUGUAUCCGUUCAUUAAUUCAAGAAUCAUUACCGUACCAUUGGAAGAUGUUAAAAUUCUAUUAACCCAGGAAAAUCCAUUUUUUAGAAAACUUAGCAAUGAGACGUAUGGCCAAGCCAAGGACAUGGCCAAAGGGAGCGUCGUCCUGAAGUACGAGCCGGACCCUGCGAAACCAGAUACCCUGCAGUGUCCCAUUGUGUUAUGUGGAUGGCGGGGAAAGGCCUCCAUUCGGACUUUUGUGCCCAAGAAUGAGCGGCUUCAUUAUCUCCGGAUGAUGGGGCUAGAGGUGUUGGCGGAGAAGAAGAAAGAAGAUACCGAUCUGACAAAUGAGGGUGCGGCCGGCUCUGCGCCCCCGGAGGACGAGGGGAGUGCCGAGCAGGAGCAGGCUGCAGAGCCGGCUGCCAGUCCAGAUGCCAGCACAGGCAGCAGCCCGGCGGGGGCCGCCCCGCCCCGGUGAGCAGGCCCAGACAGGCCUGGGGCGGGACUCUGCACAGGCCCUGCCGUGGGGCGCACCCACACCCCGAACGCCUGACCCGGGACGAUGGGAGACUGGCAGAGUGAUGGACGCAUCCACGAGGGAUCUCGGUACUGCUUUCAUAGGGAGCGGAAGAAAAGGAUUGUUCUCGCGUGUUAGGAGUCGCUCAUUUCCUUUGUUCUUUGGCGAAGCCGGGCCGGCGUGCCUGGUGUAGGCCGUGGACUUUCACAGUUGAAGUCUUAACUUCCAUCGAGAAAUGCAGCUGCCCUUGCAGAAAGUUUCAGGUCCCUUCUGUUACGCCUACAUUGGUGUUAAAGUCCAGUUUUUGUUUUCAUUAUUAUUUAUAGAAAGAAUCUAUAUCUCCUUACGAGUCCUUGGGAAACUGUACGGGCAGCUUAAUAAUCGCGUGUUAAGUUGCACAUUAGCGGUGCGACAUUCGAAUGCAGUGGGGUUAACAUCUGAGGUCUCAGGUGGCUUCUGUGCCUUUGUAAUAAAGGGUAAAAGAAACGUCAGAGUAAGACAAACUGUAUUGUGACCCGUGCACUCAUGAGGGUUUUAUGUGCUUUUAUUGAAUGGAGUGCUUUGCAAUUUUAAUUUUUAAAUAGGGUUUGGGAUCCUUGGAACACUUAAGUAAAGAGUUACUAAUGA